AAAAGAAAUAGAAAAAUGUAAUUUGGCGGUUUUGCCCAUACUGUACUGGCAUAAGGAAAACCUUGGCAAUUCUGUGUUCUCUGUCCCUCCCUAAAGAAUGUCUCAAAACGAGAACUCAUUCUCCGAUUAUGGAUCACUACCCCACCCCACCCCCGCCCCAAUCUGCACCGGAAAACCCCCACGUCCACCGCCGCGAGCUUUCAAACCGCCGCUGCCUCCGGUAACUCCCAUUUUACGCAAUAGAUCCGAUUACGCGACGCGCCGCCCAUGGCGCGUGUUCUUCGAUUACACCUCCUUCUCCCGCCCGUACGAUUCCGCCGAGGCCAUGUCGCGCGUGCACCGCAACCUCAACUACUUCCGCGUCAACUACGCCAUGGUUAUUCUCACCAUCCUCUUCAUCAGCCUUGUGUACCACCCGAUCUCCAUGAUCGUCUUCCUGGCCGUCUUCGUCGCCUGGUUUUUCUUGUACUUCUACCGGGAAGACCCGGUGGUGAUCUUCGGCAAGACGUUUGGGGACCGCCCCGUUUCGAUCGUAUUGGGUUUGGUGACGGUUGUUGCCUUGGUGUUUACUCACGUUGGGGUGAAUGUGCUGGUGGCGCUGAUCAUUGGGGUUCUGGUUGCGGGGAUUCACGCGGCGAUUAGGGGCACGGAGGAUUUGUUUUUGGAUGAGAAUGAGGCUUCGGAAGGGGGAUUGGUCUCGGUAGUGAGUGAAGGGCAAAUCAGGCCCGGUCAUAUUUCUCCCACACUCCGGUGAUGGGUUUCUCGCAAAUUUUUGGCUUCUUU